GGGAGGUGGGAGAGACAGUGUGCGUGUGUGCUCGGUGGAGCUUUGAGAUCUCUGUCCGUCUUGGAAUCCAACCGAGCGCCACAAAAACAGUUUCAAUCUUUUCUCUUUUUUGCUUUGAAUUUUUUUUUUCCAGAAAUGGAUUUGGUGAAGAAACAAUCAUCGGCGGUGUCCGAUGUGGGAGCUUGGGCUAUGAACGUUAUCAGCUCCGUUAGCCUUAUUAUGGCUAACAAGCAGCUCAUGGCCCCUGCCGGCUACGCCUUCGUCUUUGCUACUACAUUAACCGGGUUUCACUUUUCUAUGACCGCCUUAAUCGGCUUGGUAUCGAAUGCCACCGGUCACUCGACGAGGAAAAAAGUUCCUCUAUGGGAGCUUCUUUGGUUCUCGGUCGUCGCCAAUACUUCGAUCACCGGGAUGAAUUUGAGCCUCAUGCUGAAUUCUGUUGGAUUUUAUCAGAUUUCAAAGCUUAGUAUGAUUCCGGUUGUCUGUGUGAUGGAAUGGAUACUACACAGUAAACACUACUCGGAUAAAGUCAAGAUUUCUGUCAUGGUGGUGGUGGUUGGCGUCGGUGUUUGUACGGUCACGGAUGUUAAAGUUAACGCUCAAGGAUUUAUUUGCGCUUGUGUCGCUGUCCUGUCUACCUCAUUACAACAAAUUUCAAUUGGCUCCCUACAGAAGAAAUACUCGAUAGGCUCAUUUGAAUUGCUUAGUCAAACAGCUCCGAUCCAAGCUUUGUCUCUUUUAUUGUUCGGUCCCUUCGUUGAUUACUACCUCACCGGAAAAUUGCUGGCAAGUUAUAAAUUCUCCUCAUUUGCACUCUUUUUCAUACUGCUGUCGUGCUUAUUGGCGGUAUUCUGCAAUAUAAGUCAGUACCUUUGCAUCGGACGAUUCUCCGCGACGUCGUUCCAGGUCCUGGGGCACAUGAAAACGGUCUGCGUAUUGAUAUUGGGAUGGCUACUGUUCGAUUCGGAGCUGACGCUGAAAAACAUACUCGGGAUGGCGGUUGCGAUCCUCGGCAUGGUAGUUUACAGCUGGGCAGUUGAGGCUGAUAAACAAACUGAAGCCAAGGCUUCAGCACUGCCCAAAGAUGCUUCUGAAGAAAACGUUGAAUUGUUGAAGCAGCAACAGCAAUCGGACGGUUCAUCUCCACUCAAGGACGUUGAGCUAGGCAAAUCUCAGUCUUAGAUUUGUAUUUUGUCUUUUUUUUUUUAAUUUUAAAUAUUGAUUUGUUCAA